UCGCAAACCAUCAUAGGGGACUGGCUUCUCAUGAGGAGCAUUGAAAAGGACCAGCCCACUCCGACAUCAUCGGCAGCUGGUGUGAUUUCAAGAGGGAAAACUUUUUCCUCACGUUCCUGGAGGAUGACAGGGAAUGUCUGGUUGUCAAUAAGAGCGACGUUGAUGCUAUUCUUGCUAAACUGGAGCCAGUGCAUCCAAUACAAUGGAUUGACAGUGGAUCCUCCAGAGAAUCUAACGAUAUUGGACCCAGGUCAUCUGGGAUCCCUCCAAAUCCACUGGAGCCCCCCUGCCAGCUUGCUGAACAUGAAGGACUGCCACAAGCGAUUUCAGCUGGAGUACUUCAACACAUAUGAGGAUCAGUGGACCAUCAUCAGGACCUCCAAGAGGACAUACAGUGCCCAAUUUGAUCUGGGAAAACAAGUUCAAGUGAGGGUGUACACCUUACUGAAAGGAUCCUGCACCAAUGGCUCCGAGGUCAAGAGUGCACGUUACACUGAACUGAUCAAGGAGCCUACCAGCACCGGCCUGGUGGGAACUGCAGUCCAGGAUUUUGUCUGCGUGUUUCAUCGGAUGGAGUAUGUUGAAUGCAAAUGGGAAAGAGACCCCAAGCAGCCAGCUAACUCACUCCCAACUCUCUAUUUCUGGCACAAUGAGCUGGAACAGACAGAGGAAUGCCCAAAAUACAUCAUUUCCAAUGGAAUAAGGAGUGGCUGCACGUUCACAGGGAAAUCCCUCCCUGAUUUCACUGAUAUCAACUUCUGUGUGAACGGUUCUUCCCCUGAGGGGCCCAUGAAGCCAUCAUUCAUCACUCUGCAAAUCCAAAACCAUGUGAAGCCUGCAGCCACACAGAUACUGCAGCUACAGGCGCGUCCAGACACGCAGCUGGAGCUGAGCUGGGAGAGUCCUGCUGGGAAGGUGCCCAAAAACUGCCUCGAGUGGGAAGUGGAACACAGUGAGGAGGGGCCUGAUGGAAACCACUUAUCGGAGACCAUUUCAACCACAGGGACGAUGGAGACUUUGCUCUCCAUCUCUGACAAAAGCAGGAUUUGCGUCAGGGUUCGGUCCAAAAUGCAUAAGUACUGUGCUAACGAAGGCUUCUGGAGCGACUGGAGUGUUUGGACUUGUUACCCAGAAGAGAAAGUAAGUGGUGCCAAGCAAGGAUGGGACGUCAUCGCUCUGUGUACUUAUGUCACUGUUGCCAUAAUCACCGUGCUGCUACUGUCUCUCUGUGUGUGGGCGCUGCUCAGAGUGUGGAGAUCAAGGCUGGUGACAAAGCUGGACUCCCUGUCUGUGUCUCUGUUUGCCAGCAAGUCCAUCGUUAGUGUGGUGGAGCCCUGAGGAGACGAGAAGAGCUGCAUCCUUCCUCACCCGGCCGUCUCCAGGUGUCCCGUCUCUCUCUGACAGAGCCCUGCAGAACGGCCUUCUAGUGUUAUCCUCCUCCUCCUCCUCCUCCUCUCUGCUUUUACUCGCAUAGUGAAGCUGUCAGAGGUGCCAUCUUAACAUAUUAGGCUACAACUUGUGUUCAGUAGUUUUAGAUUGAAGUGACCAUUUUGAGAUUGUGAGCAUCACUGAAAAGUGACUGAAUAUGUUACAUGUUGAAGGGAUGGUAAACUCAGUCAAACAUAGUACCAUUAUUAUGUUAUUCAGCCUCAAAGAUUUGCGAGUUUCUGCAAGACACUAACUGUAAUGAAAGGGAGUUUUAAGGGCUGUAUUUUCUACAGUAACACAUUACAGACCUUCAGGGCUUACUAACACUGCAAAAACAUGUUAGCCAAUAUUUUCACAGCUAACAUUGCCGUAGAGUUCGCUUGCUAAAAAGAUCCAUGUCAGCGCUUUGCUGGCCAACUUCUUCUCUGAUACAAUGGCAGAUUGGUAAAAUAAUUAUAAGUAAAAUGGUGGAUGUAUGUCCAGGAAUAGCAGAAAAUUGGCAUGCCGUGCCAAUGGUUACUGUUUGCCAAAAUUUUUUUUCCUAGGGUGGCGAAGUCUUUUGAGUGGUCAUUUUGGCUUAUUGGUUAAGGUUAGGGUUAGGCGUAACUUGGUCAUGCCUAAGAUUAGGGCAAAGCUAUAGAGAAUGAACACAAGUCAAUUAGGUUAUGACUUCGCCAUCCUAAGGGGAAGUUAUUAUUGUUGUUGUUAUUAUAAUUACUGUAAUCAUUAUUAUUAUUAUUAUUAUUAUUAUU